AUGGGUUCGAUGAGCCCAUUGGCGCUUGGUUCAACUCCACCGAUGUCCCCUCCGACAUCUCCGAUGUGGCAGAACAAGGUGAAUCAUUUAACGCCGCCGGCGCUGCAACUUCCGGGGAGUAGGUUGAAGACGGCUUUGAACGCUAGAGAUUUGGAAAUCGAUAUGGAGUUGCUUGGAUCGGAGAACAUUAGAACUCAACAGCAACAACGAAGGCAAAUGAUCGAUGAUCUAGCAACUAAUCUUUACAACCACAACAAUCGAUUUGGGGAACUGAAUUUAAAACCAACUAAUCUCGACGACGUUUUUGGAUCUCUUGAUCAGUCAUUAUUAACCCAAUUUCAUGGGUUAUCUCCGAAAGUGUCAUCUUCAAUGACAAACUCACCUAUCCAGUUGCAAUCUCCAACCAGUCAUCAACAAUUCCGACAAAAUUCAAACCCACUUCGUGCAUCCUACCCUUCACCAAACUACUCAUCUUCUCCGGUGAGAAAACCGACGAGUUACGGGUUUGAUUCGUCGGCGGCAGUUGCUCAGGCAGUCAUGAAUUCGAGAUCUGGUUCCUUCACCAAGCAACGCAGUCAGAGCUUCAUCGACCGAGGAGCAGGAGCCACCAUGAGUCUCCGGUCAGUCCCUCAACAAACCUCCACUUUUACCGAAUGGGGUUCGCCGGACGGGAAACUGGAGUGGGGUUACAGCGGUGAAGAUGCAAAUAAGCUUAGAAAAUCUGCAUCUUUCGGAUACGGUGGUGGUGCAGCUGUAAAUAUGAAUAAUGAACCAGAUGUUUCAUGGGUGAAUACACUGGUUAAAGAUGUUGGAGUUGGGCUGCAUAGUUCACCGGAAAAGCAUAGAUACGGUGUCGCCGGUGGGGAUAAACUGCCGCAGUGGAUUGAGCAGAUGUAUAUAGAGCAGGAGCAGAUGGUGGCAUAA